UUUGCAUCGACGAAAACAAAUUUUGCAAAAAACCAUAAACAAAACCUGUGAGUGGAAAAUGAAGCUAUUUUAGUGGAUUAUCGCUGAUACGGAAUCGGAUUACAGCAUGCCCGUUUGCGUGCUCUGCUUGGUUUGCUCUGAUGGCGGCUACCCGCUGUUGUCUGCCGAGGGGGUCCGGCUAAACAUUAAGGGGACCAUCAACAAACACUUUUCGUUUUUCGAGGUGCUCACUGCUGGCGGUGAUGCCGCGGUAUGCCGAGAAUGCUGGCAGUGCGUCAGCAGCUUCGAUGAGCUCCACCAGCGUGUCUCCAGGCUGCACCAACAGCCAGGCGGAGGUGACUCCAAAAGCGUGGCUAUUGAGUUCUGUGGGGAAACGGAAGAGGCCAUCAAUCCGCUGUUUGCCGUUGAACUGGAUGCCCUGGCUGAGGGCUUCUUCGCCCCCAAUGAAGUGAAGGUGGAGGUCAACGAGCUGGAACCUCUGCCUAAGGUGGAGCUCCUCGAGGACCCAGUUAAUACGGAAAGGAAAACCGGCGCCACCAAGCGCCUUGGUUCCCAAGCCGAAGGUCUAUCCCAGCCCAAGCGUCGCAUUAAAAACGAAAAAAUUUUAGACAGUGAUUCGGAUGUGCCUCUGGCAAAGUUUGUGGGUGCAGAGAUAAAGUCCGGCGCCAACGGAUCUGCAAAGAACAACGAACAGGGCAAGGGACAGCCGCUGCGAAGGAGUACGAGACGUGGUCGCCCACCAAAGGUCAAGCCAGAAGAUCUGGCGUCUCCCAAAAAAGAACUUGAAUCGGAUGAAGAUGACCACGACGAAAUUGGCAAUGAUAGGGAAUUCGUGGCCGCUGAAGCCGUCUUGGGCACUGACGACAGCUCCAGUUCAUCCAGCGAAAGCAGUGACGACGACUCGGACAACAGCCUGCCGGACUUUGAGCCGGAGGAGCGGUAUGCCGAGAUACCCAAGCGCGUCGUUGUGAAGCCGAAAAAGUACCGGAAACGCGAGAAACCUUUGAUCCCACCAGUUCGCAUGAGUCGCGAUGAGAUCGAGCGACGAAAACAGGUGCAGGACGAGUACGAUGAGAUUAUUUUGCAGUUCUUCAAGAAGUUCCCCUGUCACAUCUGCAACCUCCUCGUGCAGAAUUUUGCGGAUAUGCGACGCCAUCAACGAGUUUCCCACAACAUCGAAUAUGGUUACAUGCAGUGCUGCGGGAGAAAGUUCCACAUACGUAAGGGUCUGGCGGAGCAUGUAUUGGUCCACAAAAAUCCGGAACAUUUUAUGUGCUCGCACUGCGGCCGGGUCUUCCAGGACUCUCGCUCUCUGGACGUCCACGAGCAGACGCACGCGAACUCGAAGGUGAAGACAGAGCCGAAGGAGAAGCGGUUAUUCCCAUGCGAAAAGUGCUCUAAGACUUUUACCUCCAAGGCGGCCAUAGAGUAUCACUAUGUGUCCAAGCACGUGCCCAAGUCCGAGUUCAAAUACAGCUGUCCAGAGUGUAACAAGAAGAUUCCCACGGAACGCAAGCUAAAGGAGCAUCUGCGAUACAUGCACGACCCAGAAACGGCCAUCAUUUGCGAUAAGUGCGGCAAGAAGUUGCGUUCCCAAGCGAAUCUCAAGAAGCACCACGAACUGGAACAUUCCGAGGAGCCACGUCCGAAGCCCGAUCCCGUGCAAUGCGAGAUCUGCGGCACCUGGCUGCGACACCUCUCUGGGCUGAAGCAGCAUAUGAACACGGUGCACGAGCCGCCGGGCAAUGAGCACCGCUGUCCCAUAUGCAACAAGACGUCCACCAACUCCAGAGCCCUCAAGCGUCACAUCUACCACAACCACCAGUGUGAGCGUAAGUUCAAGUGUGGGAUGUGCGAGAAGGCCUUUAAGCGACCGCAGGAUCUAAGGGAACACACGUCCACUCACACUGGUGAGGUGCUCUACACCUGCCCCAACUGUCCCAUGACGUUCUUUUCCAACGCCAACAUGUACAAGCAUCGCCAGCGGCUUCAUCGCGCCGAGUGGGAGGCGGACCGAAAGAAGCCGCUGCCGCCGAACAUCAUGAAGAUAUCGCAGGGCGCCACCACGGCGAUGAAGAAGCGGCAGACCAGCAGCACCCUGUUCCCACAGUCGGAACAGAAGCAAUAGCAUUUGCACAUU